CUGUAACAUCCUCGACCAACGACAACGUCCUAAUAUCUGAAGCUGCCGCGUCCGCCUUAUUUUCCUUCUAUGCCCUCCACGUGUCCCUCUCCCAUUCGCUCUCUUCAUUUUAUUUUCUUUUUAAUUUUUUUCUUCUCACACACACCACCGCACAUGACACACUCGCACUUUCUCUCUCCUCCCACUUUUGAGCCUUCUCUCUCGUCGGAACGGAUACGCUGAAUAUCUUCUUCUUCCUCUCUCUCUAGGUUCGCCCCACUUCUAGAGAGAGAAAAUUCACCUCUUGUCUUUUCCAAAGGCAUCAACUUGAAGAGGGUGUGUACGUGUUUGUGGGUGGUGGGUGCUUGUCACUUUUCGUUUGUUUCAACUUUCAACCCUCUCUUGCCUCUCCCAGUUUUCUAGGAUGUAAUUUUUCUGGGAGAUAUUAUUAUUUUAACCUUGUGUUAUGAACUUCUACCUAAAGGUCAGCUUCUCACUGAAGCAUAAACAAAGAAUAUGAUGCUUUUGGGCAUGUGGGAAGGAGGAAGAUAAUUAUUGAUUCCUUUCAAGUUCAUGUGAGAGGAAAAGAUUGUGUUUUUAUUUCUAUUUUUCAUUGUUUUUGGUUGUUCUGAAUUAGGGGCUAAAGUUUGAAGAUGUGUUGGAAAUAUUAGCACUCUGGAAUUGGGUUUUUUAUUUUAUUUUUAUUUUUACUGUGGAGAUGUGUUCAUGUAGAAAGGAAGAUUCUGGGGUGGUUGGUUUUGUUCUGUUGUUGGAUUAAAAAAUUGAUUUUAUUUUUGUGAUUUGUGUUAAAAUAUUUGUGUGGGUGACGAUUAAAAUGAGGAAUUCCGGUAUAGUUUAAGGUUGCAGCAUGAGUUUCAGAGAGAGGGAGCUAGGAGAAGAGAGGGAAUGUGAAGAAUCGGUGUUGGGGAGCAAUGAAUCCAAAUCAGUGAGGCAAAAUGGGUCUUUGACAGACACAGAGCUAACAAUUGAUGAGAGUCUAUUGGUUGACCCUAAACUACUCUAUAUUGGGUCCAAGAUUGGUGAAGGAGCUCAUGGGAAAGUGUAUGAAGGAAGAUUAUUAAUUUCCAGGUAUGGAAAUGAAAUUGUUGCAAUCAAAGUAUUACAUCGCGGGAGCACUUCUGAGGAAAGAGCUUCCCUUGAAAAUCGUUUUGCUCGAGAAGUUAAUAUGAUGUCUCGUGUCCACCAUGACAAUCUUGUUAAAUUUAUUGGAGCAUGUAAGGAUCCUCUUAUGGUAAUAGUUACAGAGCUAUUACCAGGGAUGUCGCUGCGUAAAUAUUUAACCAGUAUCCGUCCUAAACAAUUAGACCUUGAUGUGGCUAUAAACUUUGCCCUUGAUAUUGCUCGAGCCAUGGAUUGGCUACAUGCCAAUGGGAUCAUUCACAGAGAUCUGAAACCUGACAACCUGUUGCUUACGGCAAAUCAGAAGUCUGUUAAACUUGCAGAUUUUGGUCUUGCAAGAGAAGAAUCUGUGACCGAAAUGAUGACUGCAGAAACAGGAACUUACCGUUGGAUGGCACCAGAGUUGUACAGUACUGUGACAUUACGUCAGGGAGAGAAAAAGCACUACAACAACAAGGUUGAUGUGUAUAGCUUUGGGAUUGUUUUAUGGGAGCUACUAACAAACCGCAUGCCUUUUGAAGGGAUGUCCAAUUUACAAGCUGCUUAUGCCGCUGCGUUUAAGCAAGAGAGGCCUAACAUUCCAGAUGACAUAUCCCCUGAACUAGCUUUUGUCAUACAAUCAUGCUGGGUUGAAGAUCCUAACAUGAGACCAAGUUUUAGUCAGAUCAUCCGCAUGCUCAAUGCGUUUCUCUUCACACUCUCACCCCCAUCUCCUCCGUUGCCAGUACCUAACAAUGAACCUGAGGUGGCUACAACAAGUAAUGGCACCAUUACUGAGUUUUCUGCCCGAAACCGAGGAAAGUUUGGCUUUCUUCGCCAAUUGUUUUCUUCAAAGAGGACCAGAAACUAACAUUGAGUGCUAAAUUUUUUAAAAUUCCCUUUUGUUGUAGAUGAAAAGAGUUGCCUUUCUAUGAUAUACAAUUUUAGUACAUUUAUGAGUAACCAUCUAAGGUGACCAAAAGGAUGUAACAAGUUCUACAAAAAAAAAAAAAAAAGAGAAUAGAAUGUUGUUUAUAGACUUUUUGAAAAAGUAAGGAAAGAAAAAAGGAUUGUUUACAUUAUCUACUAGAUCUUGGUGUAAAGGAACAGUUUGAUUUAGACAUUUUCCUGUUUUGAGAAAGGUUAUUAAUUACUGCGUAGGGAUUCAUUGUAAAGUAGUUGUUUCCAAACUCCAAAGGAUGCUCAAAGGUUAGUUUGUUCUAAUUUGUAUAUUUUGCUACUGUCUAGUAGCAGCAUCUCUUAUCUGGGAUAUUUCUGAUUAGUUAAUAAUGCAUAGUGUUUAAUUUUAA